AUGGGCAGCAAGAAGGAAAAUGAAAUCCUGACGCUGGAUCAGCUGCAGACCGAGCUGGCAGAUGACACAAAGAUCAAACUCGCCGGGAUUGAUGUUGACGGUAUCCUACGCGGCAAAUUGAUGUCCAAGAAGAAGUUCCUAUCCGUAGCAAAAGAUGGCUUCGGCUUCUGCAGCGUCACCUUUGGCUGGGACAUGCACGAUCAGACCUACUUCCGAGAGCUUGAAAUCAGCAACAAAGAGAAUGGGUACAAGGAUCUGAUCGCAAAGGUCGAUCUCUCGAGCUAUCGCCGAAUACCCUGGGAGGACAAUGUGCCCUUCUUCCUCGUCAGCUUCUAUGAUGGAGACACCGACAAGCCCAUCAGCGCUUGCCCAAGGAGUCUCCUGCGAACCGCUGUGGCAAAGCUGCACAAGGCCGGCUACGGCGCCAUGGCGGGUGCCGAGUACGAGUUCUUCACUUUCCGUGCUCCAAAAGAUGAUACCUAUCAGAGCAAACAUGCCUCUUCAUCUACAACGGCUCCGUUUUUGCAGUCUAACCCCGUCAAUGCUCUUCCUCAUCUCACUCAGGGAAUGUUUGGAUACUCGUUGACGGACCCCAUACAUAACCAGGACUGGUUCUAUGGGAUAUGGGAUGCAUGCGAGAAAUUUAAGUGCAACAUUGAAGGAUGGCACACCGAAUCAGGCCCGGGCGUGUUCGAGGCAGCCUUGGAGUUCGGGGAGAUCACAGAGAUGGCCGAUCGUGCCAGUCUCUUCAAAUAUGUCGUAAAAGCAAUCGGCAGCAAACAUGGAAUCACACCUUCAUUCAUGGCAAAACCAAAAGAAGGUCUUCCGGGGAAUAGUGGCCACGUCCAUUGCUCGAUCGUGGACAAGUCCGGGAAGAACCUCUUUUACCGUGGAGAAAGAGAUCCGAAUCCUCCGUACCCAGAUCUUGAAUACGUCUCGGACCUAGGACGACAGUUUCUGGCUGGCUUGCUGGAAGGUCUCCCAGACGUGAUGCCAAUUAUUGCCCCCACAAUAAACUCUUAUAAGCGUCUUGUGGAGAAUUUCUGGGCCCCAGUCACUGUUUCUUGGGGCCUUGAACACCGAGCCGCAUCGAUCCGACUCAUCGCACCACCAACAGCAUCGGCAAAAUCUACACGAUUCGAGAUUCGAGUCUGUGGCGCCGAUUCCAACGCCUCGCUCGUCCUGGCUACAAUUGUCGCGCUGGGAUGGCGAGGAAUCGAGAAGAAACUCGAGAUAUCAAUCCCACCUCUUGGCAAGGGCGACGAGGUCGGCAGCUCAAGCGACAAAGGUGAACGCUUGCCAAAAAAUCUCAAAGACAGCACCGCGAGAUUCAUGGCCGAGGAUAGUAUCGCACGUGAGGUUUUUGGAGACGAGUUCGUCGAUCAUUUCGGCGGCACGCGAGAGCAUGAGCUGCGGUUGUGGGACGAGGCUGUGACCGAUUGGGAGGUAAGGCGCUACAUCGAGACCGUAUGA